UUGUUUUUAUAUCAAUUGAAACUUUCCAUUAUAGAUUGUAUGCAUUUCAAAUAUUAGGUAAAAGUUCCGUGAAAAUAAUUUGAUCAUUAUACAAACAUUGAACUCAAGAAAAUCCAAAAUGGCGGACAAUGCUGGGCAAGACAUAUCUGACCCACCUCCUGAAUGGCUUGUUAACCUGUUAAAAUGGAUAGGAAACGACCCAUGGGAUUUUGUAACAACUCUUUUCUUGUGUUUGUCGCCACUUUUUCUCAUCAGCGCAGUUCUCGCUUACAAGUUGUCGAAAAUGAUUGAAGCAAAAGAGAAGGAGCAGAAAAAGGCAGCGAAGAGAGAUAAGAACAUUAAAAAUUUACGAAGAGCAAAAACUGAUUAAUAUCGUUUAAGUAAACGCGGUAUUUUAAUGUGAAACUUAUAUUCAGCGUCCUAUUUUGCGAGAUCCUAUUUUGUAAUCAUGUUUGUUAAUAACUGGGUUUUAAAUUUUGUAGGAGCCUGCCUGUAUAUUGGAAACUUUAUUAAUUUCUUUUAUCAUUGAUGAACUAAAUCUUGUUUUAUCCAAAUUGAUUCACAUAUGAUAUAUAUCAUAAUAUAUGUAUGUGUAUAUCAUAAUAUAUGUAUGUGCGCCUAAGAUAUGUGUGUACUUAAUGGUAAUGGUCAAGUGUAGUAAUUGACAAUUGUAAGACAGUUAGAUAAUGGGGUCAACUCUGUCCUAAAUAUCAUGCCCCAUGGCACGGCAUGCUGCUCACCCACAUAGAGUAGAAUUGUGUUAUGGUUCUUAGGUACUGGACUACUAUAUUAAUUGAUGUGUAAUCAGAAUACACUGCGUCUUUUAAAUUUUUCUUUUUAAUCGAGUUAAAGUAAAUUUUUCUCUUCUUCUAGGUGUGGUACUAGGGUGAUGAACCAUGGAUGUGCAAAUGUAUUUGGAUCGUAUUAAUUAUAAAGGAACCAGGGAACCUAGCUUGGAGAACUUGCGAAAAUUAUGUUUGUGCCAUGUGACCCACGUACCUCAAGACACAAUAGAUAUGUUUGGUGGGAAAAUGAAGAAGUUGGACCUUAAAAAGAUCUUUAAUGAUAUUGUGGUGAAUAAAAGGGGUGGGUUUUGCUACGAGGCAAAUGGAUUAUUUUGCUGGCUGUUGAAGGAGCUGGGGUUUGGUAAUGUGACCAUAUUUCAAGCUAGUGCUUUUCAAGCCGCUGCAGAUAAAUUUCACUUUGAAUUUGAUCAUUUGAUGAUGAAGGUUACUUUUCCUGAUUCUGACUACUUAGUGGAUAUUGGUUAUGGUGCACCUUCAUUUUUCAUGCCGUUUAAAUUUGAAGACAAGUUCGAACAUCAUGAAAUGUCAGGAAUGUACAGACUACGGAAAGUCAGUGAACAUGUUUAUUAUGUGGAGAAGCAUAAGAAGAAGCUCUGGACUAAAAAGGGAACCACUGACACUGAUUAUAAGUUGACUUCAUCAACAAGGGACGAUGGAAAUACCACAAGCAAGUACUGUGUGGAUCCCAAUUGGAAUAUUGUUUUCAAAUUCAGCACAGUUCCUCAUAAAUAUGAAGAUUUUUCGGAGGCGAUAAACAAACACAUGGACCCGAAAGAAUUUCUCAGCAACAACUCAUUUCUAGAGAUUUUCGUUGAAGGCGGUGCCUUGAUAAUGUGGGGAACCAUGUUGAUAAGAAAACGAUUUGUGGGCGAGCUGACUGAAUAUAUCGAUUAUGAAGAACUAUGGGAUGAAAAUAUAAAUGACGAGAAAAACUGGGAGAGAAUUUAUUCCGUCAUGAAAACAGAGUUUGGGGUUGAGGUUGAUUUUCAACCAAAACUAAUGUCUAGAAAUCUGCAUAUUGCUGCAAGGUGAUAUAGGUUGAACUUGAUAUGCAAAGAUAUUGACUGUUAAUUAAUCUAAUCAUUUCAUUUCUGUAAAGUUGAUGAAUAUUUAGAAUUGUCAAAACAGAAUGUGUUUAGUAUAAGUGAAUAUGAAUUCGUGUAAUGACCAAAUUCCAUCAAAAAUCUCAGGCCCCAUUGUAUGUCUUGCUGUAGAUAAGGUGUACGACAUUCAAAGUGAUUAUUAAAAGUACCUGAAAACAUAUUGCCUCAACCUGUUUUAGCCUCAAUUAAUAAUUUUGAAAUAUUCCUGUUUAUAAUUGGUAUCUUAAAAGUGAUGUUUAUAUAUAUAUUUAAAAACCGUAUUUAACAAUUAAGACACUCAUUUUAAAAUUAUGCAAGUUUUCUACUUUUGUUUAUUUAAAAUAUGUGUGUAUGGUGUCAAUCAUUUUUAAACCAAUAAAUGCAAAAU